CUAUAACGUCUCCACUCUUCAAAAUACAAAUUUGGAACCACACGGACGUAAUGCACUAUUAAAAUAUGGUCGAACAAAAAUGGCAACAGUCAACUGAAUAAACAGAAUGUCAGCAAAUUGUUUACUACUUCGCGUUACAACACUCAAGAGAUUUAACUAAACUAAAAUUAGUGAAAAGUAAAAAAAAAUCUUCUCGUCCAAAUACGAGCCCACUCUCAAUACGAUAAUGGCUGGUGUAUUCAAUCGGUUAAAAAAUUAUUUGAAGCCAACGGAUAUUUAUACGUCGCAGCGACUCAUACUGUGCUUAGUGAAUUUUGCCGGUUAUUUACCAUUGCAAAUUACGAAAAACCGAAACGGCAGACAUUUGCGAUCUUCUGCAAUCGGAUUCACUUUCUCCAUUAUAUUUUUCACGAUCACCGUCGCUUGUUUUGUAGCCUUGUUUAUGAACGGAAGAUUAUGGACAUUAGGGCAACUUUUCGACAGACAAGCUCUCGCCAACUACGGCGCAUUUAUACGAAUUGUCAGUAUUUGCAUAAUGGUGCCGGUAUUGUACGGUUCAUGCAUACGAACGGGAAAGAAAAUGAUUACUUGUAUGCGGCUCAUCGUGAACAUUGACAAAAGAUUGAAUCUCCUUGGCAUCGACAUCGACUACUGGAAGGGAUUCUACUUCAGCGUUUACGUGAUUGGGUCCAUAAGCACAUAUUUCAUAGUCAGCUUAAGUAUGGCUUAUUGGCUAAACGAUAUACUAUCCCAGAAAGCCACAAAAAUUUUGCAACAAGACCCAGGGAAAAAAGAGGAGAUAAGGGAUCCAGAACUUGCGUUGUGGUUACUCUUUAUGACACACAACGUAACCAUGGUGUCAAUGACUCUUUUCAUAUGUUACUAUGCAAGUAUCACGAAAGAAAUAGGAGAGCGAUUCGAGAGCAUGAAUCGAAUGCUUAAAUUUAUGGUUGAACCAGACUCGGAGCUGACGGCCCAUCGUGACAUCGAAUCAAUUGAAUCUGCCUCGUGGAAUAUUCGAAAUAAUGUGCAAAUGUACAAUUUGUUGAACAUACACAGCGACCUUUGCGACAUCUGUGUUAGCGUUUCGGAUUACUUUUCGCUCAAAAUGGUAUCCGUUCUGGCUGUUGGUCUCACGACUGUAGUAUUGAAUGGCUACUUCUUUGCGAUGGCAUCAAAUGGUAUAGAACAGAAAGAAAAAUUUGUUGAAUUGAUUUACACAACCAUUGACAGUUUCUGUGUCUCGUUGGCCAUUAUUAUCGCUUGUAAUUCAGCUCAACAUAUUGUAGACGAGAAUGAAAAGUGCUCGUUUCACGUGCGUAAAGCUUUGAACUUGGCCCUUGCUCCGGACGCGAAGGAUAAACUUUUGAUAUUUUCGCUCCAACUGUUAAGUCGAAAAAUUAAGUUUUCCGCGUUGGGCCUAUUCGAUAUAAAUUGUGGAUUGCUGAUGGCGAUGGCAGAAUCAGUCACUACGUACUUCCUCAUUAUGAUGGAUUUUCAUGGGAAUCAGCAAAAUUAACGAAGCAAUGUGUGAGACUCAAGCUUCUUCGUUUCAGUAAAUCAAAAUCAAAUUUGGUUUUAUACCUGAGAAUAAAAUCGCAUAAAUUG